AUGGAAGCCCAAGAAAUUCGUAGUUCGGAAACUCGCCUCGACGUUGCUGUUCUCCCGGAUGUUCCCUUUCUUCGGGUACUAAAUUACUUGUCAGGAUUACAAAUUGAAAAAUGUCGGGGAAUUUCGCGUCUCUUUCAACAACGUAUUGAUGUGAAUCGGAAAUCGCUGCCCACCGUACAAGUUUAUUCUCUGACGAUUGACCAGAAGAAGGUCAACCCUGAACCUCUUACUAAUAAUCAUAACGAGGUUGAACCAACUAUCUUCAUCGCGAUUGAAAAAGAUUGGAGCCGUAUGAAGUAUGGAGCUGCUCCAUUGAGGCAGGCACUCGAAAGAUUCAAUCACAUGUUUCCAGGAAUGUCCAUUAAAACUCUCCAUUUGAAGCUUGAGUAUUUCGACGUCGCCACGUUUCAUCAAUUGCUGAAGAAGUUGGAGGAAUGCAAAGUGAAAUGCCAAAAUCUUUUGGUGGCCACAGAGGGACAAAAGUUCGAUUGGAAGGAGCUACGACUUAUGCUACUUCAGCUUGAACCAGAGAACUUCGAAUUGGCGAUUCUUGGUGAAACUACCCUGUUGACGUCGUCGUUCUGGCAAGACAAAUGCAUUCGAGAUCGUCGGGGGCUGGCGAUUAGUGCGAGAAAUUUGUCUUUUGAUGACCAGGUGCUGUUGAAUUUUGCCUCUCCGAAUUUCAUGCUGAGCUAUUUGACUGCUUGUACAUUUGCCGGAAUCGCCUCAUUUCUUAACGAAUGGGGAGCUGGAAUCCGAGAAGUGACAAAGAUACGACUGCGGGUUCGAUCUGACCUGAACAUCAGAGAGUUCUUUGCCCAGUUGUCUUGGAAUGUCAAGUUUGAAACGAAGUUGUUAGGAAUUCUCUCGGAAAGAAGCUCCACCUAUGGAUCGAACAAGAGGAGGCUAUGGAAUUUUGUUUUGAGAUGCUGGAGGACUACGACAACGACUACCUCGGUUAUUCGUGGGCCCCCA